AUGGGGGCUUUUAGUGUCAAGAAAGGUCUUAAAACAAUUAAGAUACUUCGAUUUAUUUGUAUUGAAGUUUUAGAGAAAGCGCGUGCCAAUGCGACAAAGGUCGUGUUUCUGGUGACGGACGGAUACUCCAACGGCGGUGACCCACGUCCGGCCGCGAAGGUUCUUCGCGAUCAACAGGUGGAGAUCUUCACUUUCGGCAUUCAGAAUGGAAACGUCCGCGAACUGUACGACAUGGCAUCGGACCCGCCGGAAGAGCACAGCUACAUCCUGGACAGCUUCGAAGAAUUUGAGGCGUUGGCCAGGAGGGCCCUACACGAAGAUUUGCAAAUCGGAAGCUAUUUGGACCAGCAACCGGACUCCUGCAAUCGCCUGUGUCCCGCCGGUAAGGAUUGUUGCGAUGAUAAGGCUCAAUGCACCUGUGGCACCACAAGCGGCCACUACGCAUGUCUCUGUCAGAAAGGCUUCUAUGGCACUGGACUCAAAGGAGAUUGCCAUGCAUGUCCAGCCGGUACAUAUCGUCCAACGAGCAGUCCGGGAGAUCUUUCGUCUUGCCUACCCUGUCCGGACACCAACCAAGUUUCUCUCCCGGGAAGCACAAGUUUGGACCAGUGCUUGUGCAAGGUCGGAUUUCAUAAAGUGGGAAAGAAAUGUGUAGUUCUGGAAUGUCCUCCCCUGUCUCCCCCCGAUCACGGGUUCUUCGUGAAUGGUGGUUGCAGUCGGGUGUUCAACGCAGCCUGCGGGAUCCGGUGCGACACGGGAUUCAAACUGCAGGGUAGCAGCAUCCGUCUCUGCGCCGAAAACGGAUCCUGGACGGGAGAAGAGACCUCCUGCCAAAUGAAGACGUGUCCGGCGCUUAGUCCUCCCCGUCACGGGUCUUUGUCUUGCACCAGUCCCGAUAAUGUGUUCGAAACGGAGUGCCACUUCUCCUGCGAUCACGGCUAUACCCUUGUGGGCUCCAAGAAGAGGACCUGUCUUGCCAUCUCGCUCUGGGAUGGACUACCAGCCCUCUGCAGACCCGUGAGCUGCGCUGCUUUGAAACCGAUUCCUAACGGAUCCAUUAGUCCGUCGAAAUGCACCAAGGGCAAGUCCAACUUCAACGACGAGUGCUUCUAUGAGUGCAAGAAAGGCUUCAUGCUGACGGGUCCACAGCGUAGGGUGUGUGAAGAUCCAGGGGUCUGGAGUGACACUGACUCCGUUCCCAAGUGCGUAGACGUAGAACCACCGGUCAUCAAGUGCCCCGAGGACAUCGUGGUGGACUCUGACGAGAACGAGGCGAGUGCCCUGGUGGAAUGGUCAACACCUCACACUCACGACAACAGUGAGGAACCAGUGAUUGUUACUGUCAUUCCCGCCAUAGUCUCCCCCAGAAGAUUCGACAUCGGUGUGGCCUUGGUCCUGUACUCCGCAGAAGAUCGUGCCCGGAACAGAGCCCGCUGCAAUUUCACAGUUACUGUGCGAGAUGUUCAACCUCCUACAGUGGAUCGCUGUAUCUCUCCAGCCACUUACCUGUCAAGGGUCCUACCUUUCACCGUCUCGUGGGAAGAACCACUGUUCUCAGAUAACUCCGGAAAACCCGUCACUGUGUGGCGAUCUCACGACAAGCCUUAUGCUUUUGAUCUGGGUAGCACUGAAGUUAUCUACGAGGUCAAGGAUGAGGCUGGAAAUAACAACACUUGCAUAAUCACCAUAACUGUUCAAGAACAUGCUUGUGCUUUCCCGUUGGAUCCUCUGAACGGUCGUACUAACUGCACUGAAGCGGAGAACGGAGUUUUCUGUUCCUUGACGUGUGACGAGGGUUAUGGAUUUGCCAUGAAAACGCCUCCAUUUUACUUCUGCGCGUACGAUGGUAUCUGGCUCCCAGCAGAGUUCUUGCCUUUCCCCGACUGUUCUAUCAUAUUCUAUUCCAAUGCCAUCUACAAGAUUGGGACGGUAUCCGUGGCCUCCGAUGGUCUCAGUUGUGAGAACAAUUUCCUCCUGUCUCAGUUGCAAAAGCAUUUGGAAAGGAAAAUAUCAAACAGGGUGAGUCGUGUCUGCCGAAGCAAUGUUAUUUGCGAAGUGGAAAAUAUGAUAGCUGAAUGCGAAGAAGAAAGAGAUCGUUUGGAAGAAGAAUCCAAUUCCAUCUUCCGGCGAAGGCGUCAUGCCUGGAACAAUACAACAGGAGGCGGCUACAGGUACAAAAGGGGUGUUCUCCAACCUCAUAUUCUGGCGAAAUCUUUGGCGAUGAACCGUUCAUCAAGUUUCGGUACACAGGAUACUCCCGUCAUAGAACCACCGACCCUCUUGGAGAAAAAUCCGCUGCCCGAUGUGGUGUACAGUUUGACUUCAGAUGCCCCAGGGACUGAUGGGGGCGUCUUUCGAAUUUCCAGAGGGAACUCUGACCUGAGACCGGAAGUUGGCUUGUUUUCUUCUGAUGAUGCCGCCCAAAGUAAAAUUGAGCUCGAAUUUCAACUGAAAGGCAAGAUGGCUGAAACUUCCGAAGAGCGCAGAGAGCAAAAUUCCUUGAUGACCAGUGUCCAAGAGGCCAUGCAGUUUCUGCAAGACGCAGCUCACAACGGAGAGCUGGACAUCUCCCUCGGCAACAAACGACUUCAUGUGGAAUACGUCAAAUUCGAUACCCACGACCCCAUGUUCGUCUGCGAGCCUGGAACGGUUGCCAGAGGCAAUAUCUGUCUGAAGUGUCCUGUUGGUACCUUCUUCAAUGUGGUCUCCGAAACGUGCGAGGCUUGCCCACUAGGAACAUACCAGUUUCGAGAAGGCCAGUUUUCUUGUCUUGUUUGUCCGGAUCGAACAUCAACCACAACCGGACAGUCGAAAAGCGUUGGGGAGUGCAAAGCUCAGUGUUUGCCCGGAAGCUUUUCUGCAACUGGCCUCGAACCUUGUGAAACGUGUCCUAUGGGGCAUUACCAACCUUCAUACGCUGAGCAGCGAUGUACACCGUGUCCUCCUGGUACUACAACUCACAGAAGAGGAGUUCGGAGCAAUACUGAAUGUAAACUUCCAUGCCCUCCGGGAGAAGUGUCGAGGAUUGGCCUCCAGCCUUGCUUUCCUUGUCCAGAUGGCUUCUAUCAACCUCACAAAGGGGAAAAGUCCUGUUUCAGAUGUCCUGCAAAUGUAAGGACAGGUAUCCAGGGGGCUAAAAACAUCAGCGACUGUGAAGGUGUCAGUUAUGAAGUUGCGAAAAAAGCGUCUCCCGUUUCUGCAGAACUGACGAUAAAUGACUGUUUCUCGGUGCCAUGUCUUAAUGGUGCAUCAUGUCAAGCUAUGGAAAUAGGAUUUUUGUGUGUCUGCCAACCUGGAUAUGCUGGUAUUUAUUGUGAACAAGAAAUUGACGAGUGCGCAUCUGGUCCAUGCCGAAAUGGGGGGAGUUGUCAAGAUGAGAUCAAUGCUUAUCGAUGUUUUUGUCCCCCCGGAUAUGCAGGAAAGCAUUGUGAGGUGGACGUGGAUGAUUGUUUAUUUGAGCCUUGCUUUAAUGGCGCCACAUGUUUUGAUAAAAUCAAUGGCUUCUUCUGCAAGUGUACACCAGGCUUUGUUGGUCCUCUGUGCCAGUAUAACAUAGAUGAAUGCAUCAGUAAUCCAUGUCAAAAUGAUGGCUUUUGCGUCGAUUUGAUAGCUAAUUACACUUGUGAAUGCAUGCCUGGAUUUGAAGGAAGGAAUUGUGAAGUAAACAUUGAUGAUUGUGCUAGCUCCCCAUGUAAAAAUAAUGCAACUUGUGUGGAUGAUAUCAUGUUUUUCAAGUGUGAGUGCCUUGCUGGAUUCGAGGGUGAUUACUGUGAAGUGGACAUCAAUGAAUGUCACCCUCAGCCUUGCAUGAAUGGAGCAACUUGCAUCGAUAAGAUUGCAAAUUUUAAGUGCCUUUGUCCUCCUUCUUACGUUGGGGAUCUGUGUGAGACAGAAUUAUCAUCAGACUUUCUGUUGCAUUUUCCUUCUUCUGGUAUUUUGGAUUUUGUGCAGCUGGAUUAUUUACCCCGAGAUCUCACCGAAGUUACUUUGUGUUUCUGGAUGUUGACCGAAGACAAGUUGAACUAUGGCACCCCCAUUUCAUAUGCAACUGAUGAAGCUGAUAACUUGCUCACCAUCACUGAUUACAGUGGUUUUGUGAUAUAUGUAAACAUGGAUAAAGUUGUGACAGAUGUCACUGCAAAUGAUGGCCAUUGGCAUCACAUCUGCAUCACCUGGUCAUCUAAUCAUGGCAAUUGGGCCCUUUUCAAGGAUGGUGUCAAAGAAGAUAGUGGCUCUGGUCUUGCCUCAGGAACAUAUAUUCCAAUGACAGGAACAUUAAUAUUGGGUCAAGAACAGGACAAACGUGGGGCUGGGUUUAGUUCUCCAGAAUCUUAUAUUGGAACCCUGACUCUCUUGAACAUUUGGGAUCGUGUGAUCCCUUCUGAUGAAAUAGCUUCCUUCAUGACUCGGUGUGACAAGUAUCAUGGAAAUGUUCGUUCAUGGGCAGAUUUUCUGGCUGGAAUUCGAGGGCGUGUGCAGUAUAAAGAUUCACACUUUUGUGAAGGCUGCUCAUUGCCAGAUUCUCCUUCUAAUGGGGAGAUCUCCAUCAGUGGCAUGAAAACGGAUGCCCAUUUGACAUACACAUGCAAUCCUGGCUACGAAAUCAACACAGGUGUUCUACCUGUGACAAGGCGAUGUUUUGCCUCUGGAAACUGGUCUGGGAAAGAGCCGCAAUGUAAACGUAUCAGCUGUGGCUUUCCAGGUCAUAUAGCCAAUGGGUACAUCAAUGGCAGACAAUAUUAUUAUCAAGAUAAUAUCCAAUAUGUGUGCAACCCUGGUUAUAGAUUGUCUGGAGAAUCAACUCGAAUUUGUCAAAUGGACAACAAGUGGAGUGGUGACACCCCUAAAUGUGAAGAAAUUGUGUGUCAGCCGCCGAGGAUAUUAGAAAACGGUGAAGUCGUUUCCCUUCAAAAUGUUUACCGCUUGGGGCAUCGCAUCCAGUUCACCUGCGAUGAUGGCUACAGGAUCGACGGCUCCAGCACUCUCACAUGCUCCAGCAGCGGCAAAUGGAACGACUCGCUCCCCAUGUGCCAGCCCCGGUCUUGCGAAUCCCCACCGAGAGUCCCCCAUGGGCACGUAAUCGGACCCCAGGAGAAUCUGGAUGUUGGAAGCGUGGUGAGAUACGAAUGCGACGAAGGCUUCGAGAUGGAAGAAACUGGUGAAAUGCAUUGCGAACUGAAGAACAGGUGGGCUGGAGAUCUGCCUCGAUGUGAGAGGAUCAUGUGCAGGUCUCCCUCAUCGGUCCCCCAUGGCUCCAUCGAAGGGAAAGAUUAUCGAUAUGGUUCAGCGAUACAUUACAAAUGUGACCAGGGGUACGAGCUCAAGGGAUCCAGUUCUGCUGCCUGUCAGGCGAAUAAAACCUGGUCUGCUGAUCCUCCACGAUGUGUGCCAGUGAGUUGUGGUCAGCUGGAAUCUCCAGAGAGGGGUGGCAUUGAGAUGACGGAAGUGACCUAUGGCAGUGUUGUGAAAUACUUCUGCCAUGUUGGUUAUGAACUUCAGGGUGUUAGGUCACGCAAAUGUCGCAGUACAGGAGAGUGGAGUGGUGAUGCACCAACUUGUGUACCUGUCAGUUGCAGCCAGCCAGAGUCAAUAUCAAAUGGCAGGUAUAUUGGCAGUGAUUGGACCGUAGGAAAUACGGUUACAUACAGGUGCAAUCCAGGUUACGUCCUCAUCGGCGAAAUAGAACGUAUUUGUUUAGAAACAGGGCAAUGGCUUCAUGAAGUCCCGAGUUGUGAACCAGUUGAGUGCCCCAUACCUGAUGAUAUUUCCCAUGGCUACUGGAAAAGCGAUGGUAGGAAGUUUGGACAGCGUUGCUCUUAUGCCUGUGAUGAAGGGUAUCAGCUUGUGGGACAUACCAUCAGGGUCUGCAUGGAGGAUCAGAAUUGGGAACCUGAUGCUCCCGAGUGUCGCCCUGUCAACUGUGGACCCCUUCCACAGGGUGAAAACAUCAUAAUGGAGACAAGUUCUCUUGUAUUCAAAGGUGAAGCAAAAUAUGUGUGUCGAGAAGGUUUUCGUCUGGAGGGUCCUGGUGUGCGCAGGUGUUUGUCCAAUGGUAAAUGGAGUGGUCAGGAUCCGAGUUGUGAAAUUAUAAGGUGUCCCGAUCCCCUCAAAGUGACUCAUGCGUAUCUCAUCUACUCUGACAACAGAUAUGGCUCCAUUGUUGAAUAUUACUGUGAUGAAGGUUACAAACUUGUUGGUCCGGUUCAGAGACUGUGCACUGGCUCAGGAGAAUGGGAAGGAGAUGAACCAGAAUGUGUGCUUGUGCGUUGUCCUCUUCCCCCUUCCCUCGUAAAUGGAGAUAUCAGAGCAUCUGACACAACAUACCGAAGUGUGGUCAGGUACAGCUGUCAUCGAGGCUUUGAACUGAAAGGAUCAGCAGAGAGGACCUGUUCCUUUGAUGAAACCUGGAGUGGCGUCGAUCCAACUUGCAUUGCAAUUCGGUGCUCUUUAGAUAACCUCGAGCUUAAGAAUGGAAGAAUUAUUGGUGACAGUAACAUUGUUGGUUCCACAAUCCAAUAUGAAUGUGAUGUGGGUUACAACUUAAUAGGUACUGCAGCGAGAACAUGCACAGAGAAUAAGAUGUGGUCUGGCAAUGAACCUCAGUGCGAAAAAGUUUUCUGCCCAAUCCCACUUGCUCCUUCAAAUGGGGAAAUCAUAUGGAGAGGACACAGUUUUGCAGAUUUUGUCAAUGUGACUUGCCUUGAAGGAUACUCGUUAGUUGGUGAUGCAACCCGGUUUUGUCUCCCGGAUGGAACUUGGAGUGGAGCUGAACCGGUGUGCAAGCCGGUUGAGUGUGCAUCGCUUCCAGAUCUGGAGCAUGGACGAACCAUCACAAAAUCCCUGAUAUUUGGUGGUAAGACGGAAUACACCUGUGACACUGGUUAUAAACUAAGAGGAGCUCGGAGGAGGAUUUGUAAAGCUGAUCGUACAUGGAGUGAUAAAGAACCUGUGUGUCAACUCAUUUUGUGCCCUGAUCCUCCAGUUGUACCGAAUGGGUUUCCAUUAACACCUAAAGAAAAUUUUACUGUUGGUGCAGAAGUAGAAUAUGCUUGCCAAAAAGGCUACAUUUUGGAAUAUCAGAGACCUCGUACAGUAUGCAAUGCACAAGGCAAAUGGACUGGUCUUCAACCCAUCUGCAAAAUUGUCCAUUGUCCCAAACCACCCCCACUUAAGUUUGGAUACAUUGAUGGAAGCAAAUAUACGUUUAAGAAUUCAAUUCAUUUUAUCUGUAAUGUUGGUUGGAAACUCAUUGGUGAAAAAACUCUUCGUUGUGAAGCUAGUGGACUGUGGUCUGCACCUUUCCCAACUUGUGAAGGCACUUUAUGUCCACAUCCAGACAGUAUUGAACAUGGAUUCAUCUCUUCAUCUAAUUUUAGCAACGGUGCUAUCAUAGACUACAGCUGCGCGAAAGGUUACGAUUUGAUCGGGAAGUCGGAUCGAAAGUGCCAAAAUGAUAAUACGUGGAGUGGAAAACCACCAACGUGCAAAGCUGUUUUGUGUGAAACUCCCAAAAAUAUAUCACAUGGAACAUUCAAAGGGGAUGUCUAUGAAUAUGGUAAAACUGUUACAUAUUUUUGUGAAAGGGGGUACGAAUUGCAUGGAGCUUCAGUUUUGACGUGCACUGAGAAGAAAGUAUGGAGCUCAGAUUUUCCUGUGUGUGAAUCAAUAUCUUGUCCCUUGCCUGAUGCACUAUUGCAUGGAGAAGUAUUAGUGCAUAGUUUCUCUCAAGGUACUACUGGUAGAGAAGUUCAAGUCUGGCCAGUCAUUGAGCAAAGAGGAGAUAUUACUGUCGAUGGCAAAGCUUUGCUAGAUGCAGCUAGAUCUGAUAUCUUCAAGCUUGGAGAUGAAGUGAUGUAUCGCUGUGCAAAAGGUUACAAGUUGCAUGGCAAUGAGACACGUGUUUGCUCGGAAAAUGGAACUUGGACUAACGAGGUUCCUCGGUGCAAACCUGUCUCAUGCAGUGCUCCGGAAAAUCUAGUUCUAGGCGAUAUGGUCGUGUCUUCUCUGCUGUACAAAUCAGAGGUGAACUAUAAAUGUGAUGUGGGUUACAAGUUAGUAGGAUCCCCUACUAGAACAUGCCAAGCAAAUGCUUCUUGGACACAUGGAUUGCCAACUUGUCAACCAAUAGUGUGCCCAAUCAUACAAAACAUACCUCAUGGCUAUGCCAAGUGGAGUUCUCUAAGAUAUGGUGCAUCUGUGACUUAUGAAUGCCUACCUGGAUAUAAAAUUAUUGGUGAAGCUUUAAGGUUGUGUGCACUAUCAAGUGCAUGGAGUGGUGAGGAACCACACUGUAUAUCAAGAGAAUGUACAGCUCCUCCAGCGCCAGAAAAUGGCUGGGUGGAAUCUGAAGGAUUUACUGUUGGAAGCACGGCUACUUAUCACUGCUACGAUGGCUACGAACUUGAAGGUACAAUGACUCGCUCUUGUUUGGUCAAUGAAACAUGGAGUCUGUCUACUCCAUUCUGCAGAGUCGUUUCUUGUCAACCUCCACCCCAAAUCGAGCAUGGUAGAGUAAAAGGAGUGAACUAUACUUAUCGAUCAGUGGUCAAGUAUUCUUGUGACAUGGGUUACGAACUUCAAGGUAAUUCAGAACUCAGGUGUUUAGCAGAAAAGAUGUGGAGUGAGGAAAUUCCGAAAUGUUUGCCAUUACCCUGCUCCAGACCAGUACCUCCUACGUACGGAACUGUUCUGUUUAGAGCCCUUGUUGUUGACAGCACUGUUCAUUUCAGCUGCAGUGAAGGUUAUGAAAUUAAAGGUUCUCCAACAAGUACUUGCUUAGCAGAUCAGACAUGGAAUAUAGAGCCUCCACAAUGUGUCAUCAUAACUUGUCCAGCCGUCACGAAUUUGAAGUAUGGCAAAGUGAUAGGUUCGAAUAACACUUAUGGUUCCAAAUUAGAAUUCAAAUGCAAUUCUAAAUAUAAAAUGGAUGGUUCCAAUGCAACUGUAUGCCAAUCUACGAAAAAAUGGUCUAAGCCUUUGCCGAAGUGUAAAAGGUACCUGUGUGAGAACCCAGUUUUAAUCCUUCAUGCAGAUAUACCUGCUGGACCAUAUCUUGUUGGACAAAGCAUAAAUUACACAUGUCAAGAAGGCCAUAUCUUGAGUGGAAAUCAAAGAUUAUUCUGUGACAAUAAUGGACAAUGGCUGGGAGAAGUGCCUGUGUGCAAACCUGUAAAUUGUGGUUCCCCACCAACAGUAGAAAAUUCCCAGAUGAGUACAGAAGGUGGUUGGGUUUUUGGUGGCAAUGUUACUUACGAUUGUGAUUAUGGCUAUCAACUGAAAGGAGCAGUAAGUGUCAUAUGUGGUGCUGAUGGAAACUGGAGUGAGCCACCAUUUUGUGAGGAGAUCAACUGUGAGCCCCCUCCAGAGGUCGAGCACAGUAGUGUGGUUCUAGAAAAGAAGCCCGGAUUGAGUGAAGCAACUUAUUCCUGUGAGAAAGGAUUCAAAUUGAUUGGAACUAAAAAGCAUUCGUGCAUUGGAAACAGCACUUGGAACAUUACUGGUACAUAUUGCGAGCUUGUCCUCUGCGGUGAACCUCCAUCUAUUCCAUUUGGAGGCAUCAUGGUACAUCCAAACAGCACAGUCGGGAGUAGGGGCACAUAUCACUGUUUUCCUGGUUUCCGUGUAGUCGGUGGCACCACCAUAGAAUGUUCUUGGCAAGGUGUAUGGGAGGGUAAGCCUCCCCACUGUGUGCCAAUCUCCUGCCCUGCACCAAAAACUCCGGAGAACGGAGAAGUAGACGGAGAAGACUAUUCCUUCCAGAGCGCUGUCUUGUACAGCUGUCACAAAGGGUACCAGAUUUUUGGACGUGAUACCAGAUUUUGUUUGGAAGAUGGAACAUGGUCUGGAGAAAUGCCUAUGUGUAGAAAAAUAUCAUGCGGCCAGCUUGAACCUCCAGAAAAUGGUUACAUAGUUCAGGAAGUUCCUGGACAUUAUGGGGAUCGUGUGAGAUUUGCUUGCCAUGGAGCCCAUGAGCUGAUAGGAAGUGAUGUCUCGAAAUGCACGGACUCUGGGAAAUGGGAUAAAGAAGUUCCUAAAUGUGCUGGUAUUACUUGUGCUCCACCUGAAGAAAUCCCGCCUCAUGUUGCAGUCAUCAAGUUCAAGCACGAAAAAUAUGCAGUUGGCGACAAACUUAUUCAUGUAUGUGAGCCAGGAUUUAGAGCACAUGGAGAUAUUACAUCGCAGUGCCUGGCAAAUAGCUCUUGGUCCAUCCCAACUGGAAGUUGUAAGAAAAUGUUCUGUGGACGCCCUCGCACAAAUACUGGAGCUAUUUUGCUGGGAAUGUCCUACCAGUUUAGAGAUAAUCUAGUUGUGGUUUGUCCCCCAGGCACAAAAGUUAAAGGCAAAAAGAUCCUCACAUGUUUGGGUAAUGGAGAGUGGGAUGGCAAAGCCUCUUGUGAAGGUAUGUGUCGCAGACCUUGUUUAAAUGGAGGCGUUUGCAUACCACCUGGACUAUGCAGCUGUCCCUCUGGAUUUGUUGGAGAUGUUUGUCAACAUGCACUCUGCAUUCUUCCAUGCCUCAAUGGCGGAACAUGUGUGGGACCCUAUAAAUGUAAAUGUACAGAAAACUUCAUUGGAUCCAGGUGUCAGCAUCCUAUUUUGACAAAUAAAAGAAAGUUUCCAUACGGAUAAAGACCACCCUGCAAAACAGAAUUGUAAAUUUGCAAGAAAAGAUCUUCCAUGUUGGGACCAAAUUGAAGCAUUUAAGAAUGACUUGACGCUGUAAGUCAACAUACGUAGUGCCAGAGGAAGAUUUGUAAAAAAUGUAUUAUCUCAGAAGUGUUUAUCAUUUAUGUAAAUAAAUUAAUUUUAAGA